GCCAACACACAGGGACAGACAACCAUUCACACUCACUCGCACAUUCACACCUAGUGGCAAUUUGGUUUAUCCAAUUAACCUAUCCCCACAAGCUGCAUGUCUUUGGACGGUGGGAGGAAGGGUUAGGAAGGGACAUAUUCACAGAGACAACUCAGUCUUCAGCCUCAUUUCAUCAUCCAGCUCUUUACUCUCUGCUCGCUCCUCUGACUGCAGCAGAGCCACAGCAGAAACUAAGGAUGGCAGUUUGGGACAAAAACCUUCUGUGGAGCUUCAUGUUCCUGCUGGCAGGUGCUGUGGGUCAAACUGUGAUCUAUCCUCUCACAUCUACCUGUGCUGUCAGAGGAUCCACUGUCACCCUCCCCUGCACCUUCACACCUCGGAAGUCUUUCAGUGAUGGUUGGAGAGAAGUUCCGCUAAAGAUCGUCAGAGUCCGCUGGUGUAAGAACCAUGAGAUCUGUCAGGGCAGCACUCCGUCUGUGUUUGACAUUAACUCAACAAACAGCGAUCCUCGUUAUCAAUAUCUGGGAGACAUGAAGACAAACUGCACUUUACAGAUCAGAGAUGUUCAGCAGGGAGACAGCGCAACCUUUCGCUUCAGGAUGGAAGCUGAUCAUCCUGAAGGACAUUUUAUUAACAGGACAGGAGUGACUGUCAGAGUUGAUGAUGGGUCUAAAAUAAUAAUAAUCAGCUCCAGUGAUGAUAAAAAGUUGAGCAGAGGUGAAACCGUCACACUGCUCUGUGCUUCAGUCUGCACUUUCCACCAACUGGAGGUCACCUGGUUCAAAGAUGGACACACCUUCUCAGACACUGGCCCCUCCCUCCGUCUCCACUCUCUGACUGCAGAGGAUUCUGGGAACUACACCUGUGCUCUGAAGAAGAACAUGAAGACUCUGUCUGAGCCGUACAGCCUGCAGGUGGAGGCUGGAGCUGGUGGUAACCUUCCUCCGAUACCUGGUGUGGUGUUUGUUGUCCUUCUGGCUGUGAUCGCGCUCGUACUCUUCAUCAUUGAAAGGAGGCUGAGAGCAGCAGAGGAUCAGAGAGCUGCUGAACCGUCCUGAUAACGUCUCAGCAGCGUUCAAGAACAAGAUGACCAACAGGAAACUACAGUCAGCUCCACCUGUGUCCAGUUCACACAGGAGGAAUAGAAUAGAAUAGAAUAGAAUAGAAUAGAAUAGGUCUUUUUGUCAUUGUACUUGUACAACGAAAUUAUAUGUGUCCCACUCUGAGUGUGCAAGAGAAAAAAAAAAAUAUGUAAAUAGUAAAGACAGCAGGAAUAAACAGCAAACAGAAGAGAUGUUUACAGUCUAGAGGAAUAUAGACAAAAAUAAGAGAAAGGCAGCCAAUGAAGAGCAAAGUGUUUGAGAGCAGUGCAAAGAAAGGACCUGGUCUGAGUCUGUGUGAGUGACCUGUGGGAUGAGGGUCACUCAGACCAUGGCUCAGAUUGGUGGGUUCGUGGGCAGGCGUGUCAUGUGUGUGUGUAUGUGUGUGUGUGUGUGAGUCAGUUGGUGGGUGGGUUGCGUGGCGUCCCCUCUGAUGGCCCUGGUUUGCCUGAGACAGGAGGAUCUGGCGAUGGCCUCCAGGGGGGCAGAGGGCAGGGAGUGAUUUCUUGGGUGGUGUUAAUGACCCUCUGUACACCCUUCCUGUUCUCCUGAAGUCCAUUAUGGGUUCUUUGCUUUUAAGGAUGUUCAGCUUCAGGUUAUUUUCUGAGCACCAGUGGGACAAGUUCUCUACCUCCACCCUGUACACUGUCUCAUCUCCAUCAGCGAUUAACGCGACCACAGUGGUGGGAGGUUAGACUGAUUGAGGCCGGUUGGUGAGGAAGUGUCUGAUCCAGGAGCUGGGGGGUCUGAAGAUGUUCCAGUUGGUGAGGAUGUCUGGGAUGAUGGCGUUGAACGCUGAGCCGUAGUCACCUCUCACUCUCGACCACAGAACCAAACACAGAGACCAGAGGAGGAGCUGCAGGAAGCUCCAGUCUGACUUUCAUGAAGCAGCUCGUCGAUCAUUGUGGCCGAACUACUGAAAGCAUUUAGAAAACUAAAGAUUUGCUCCAAAUAAAAGAAAAUAUCUUUGAGGACUCUCUCACCACAGAUCAUGUUUAUAUUAAUGUGAAUUAUUCAGACAUGAUCAUGUUAGAAAUAUUAACUGGUAGAAAGCCUGAGUGUGUUUUUGUUCCUCCUGUUUGUGUCCUCAAACUUUAAAAGGGAAUUAGAGAGACAUUUUUCCUUCUGCUGAAGCCUCACGUUAACUACACCCAACCUUCAGAAUGACAGAUGAAACUUCUUUAAUGCUGCGUUUAGGAUUUCUGAAGCAUAAAUAUGAGGAUUCACACAGAGAUGACGAGAAUCUGAGAGUUAGAAAGGAUACAGCGGCCACGGUCCAUCAUGUUUUCAUGUUUUCAGAAGAAAAGUAAGUCAAAGGUUUUUGUGGUAAAAACACUGAACUGAACAUAUUAAAGUUUUCAUGUUUACAUUAAUAAUACAAAGUAAUGAUUUGUCAUUUACUGUGUAAUAUUAGUUACUUUGUUGCUGUGUUAAAUGUGGUGUUGUGUAAUUAAAUGAAUUGUAAUAAUUCA